UGAGGAGAAAUGCCUGGUAAUGUUUUUCCUUAUAAAUAUUCUUUCACAAAGGCAAUUCUGAAAUAUCAGAUGGAGUACUUGGAUGUAAAGCCUCAUUCAAAUUCAAUUAAGGAUAAUUUCUAACAAAAAAGAACCAGAAAGGCUUCAUGUUUAGUUCUCUUCACUUUGUAAAUAAUUUCUGUCUCCAUCAUAGAGCUAUACCAAAUUGAAAUGUCUCUUUGGCAUCUUGAAUUUUUCAUUUCUCCUUCCCAAGAAAUAAAGAGAAUAAAUUCUAAUGCUCUAGCCUUGUUAUCAAGAGAACAAUGAGUUUUCAAGCUUCAAUAUAGUGCAAAGAGUUGAUAUUAUUAAAUUCUGUUCACCCCAUUGGUAAUUCAAACAAAUGAACACAUGUUGCCUAAAGACAAUUUGGCAUUUUCUGCUCAAUCCUUUUUAUAGAGGAAACAAUACUCUGAUCUUGAGAAGUCACUAUUUCUCCCACAAACCAUAAAUGCAUCUCCAAGUUAUCUUGUCCUAUUAUCCGUUAUCUUGUCCUAUUAUCCUGUUAUCCAUUGAGUCUCCACUCAACAUAGAAUUAUGGUAUCUCCAGGAAACAUGGCGUUUCUGCCUUCAACAAAGACUUCUCUCUGCUCAAAGAAUAAGGGCUCAACAAGUUAUUUCCAAAGUUCUACAACUCUCAGGAGACAAUCUGGGUGGGAAUACUAAAAAUUUGCUCUUCUGAACAGGUUUAGCAGCAGGUCCAUAUAUUCCUCAAUUUCACUCAUAUAAUAUGUCCGCAAAUAAUAUGCAAAGUCCAGAGGCAAUCUCUGAAACAGUGUGGAUUUAUUUCCCUGAGACAUGGAUCUGGUAUUUGGUGGUGGUAGGCUCAUCAGGGGUGGCCAAAGUGGGAGUAACAGGCCCUGGUACCAUCACAGAGUGAAAGGCAGGGGCCCUUUGCCUAUCCAAUGACACUGGACUUGGUCUCAUUCUUCCUGCCUCCUUCUGAACCUUCCAGCCCUUCUUUGGGGAGCUCACAAUGCUGCCCUACUCUGUGAUCCACGGAGAGGCCUUCACACUCAAGACCACUGUCCUCAACUACCUUCCCAAAUGCAUCCGGGUCAGUGUGGAACUGAAAGUUUCUCCAGCCUUCCUACAAUCCCAAAAUGAGAAGCGAGAAGAAUCCUAUCACAUCUGUGCAAAUGAGCGGCAAACCCUGUUUUGGAUGAUGACUCCUAAAACUCUGGGGAAUGUGAAUUUCUCAGUGAGUGCAGAGGCAGUGCAGUCCCCAGAGCUGCGUGGAAAUGAAAUUGCUGAGGUCCCUGAAAUCAGGAGAAAAGACACGGUUGUCAAAACCUUGCUGGUGGAGGUAAGAGUCCAUCUUCAAAGGAUAGCUUUGGCUAUUCAGGCUCUACAGCAGUUGGAAAGGUUAACAAGCCUCUAUCAGAAAUGGAGUUACAGCAGGCAGAAAAUCAGCACCAUCUGA